CUUUGUCUCGCUGAGUUUCAUCGCACGCACAUCGCUGCGGAAGCCAUACCAUUGCUGAGAGGACAGACUGGAGAGGGGAGCAGGGGACUGAGCAGCAAGGUUAAGGGGCCCUUUCGGAGGCGGAGCUUCUGUUUCUUCGACGUUUAACGUGAUUGUUAUGGAGGGUGAAGAUAAUGUUUUAGAUGUCAUUGACGAAGAGGAGAGGUUUGACAAUGUUGAUGACGAUGUUGAGAUGCUUGAUGUUGAAGAAGGAGAGCUGCUGGACCAUGAUUCAAAGACCGAUAUGGGGCAAGGCAGUAGUGUAGAUAUCAAUGUAACAAAUCAAGAAUCUCAGAGUAAGAAUCGCAAGCAUAGAGCUAAUAAGAAGAAGAAUAAGAAGAAGAGGAAGGGUUCAGGAUCCAUCGACAUAAACAGGUUUGUGUUAGAUACAUGUCGGCGGUUGAAAGAGAAGAAGUCAUACAUGGUAUACACAGCUGUGGGUUGCCUUGGGGUCGCAGCAUUAAGCGACUUCAUCAAAGAGGUUGAUGCUAUCCAAACUUGCGGGGGCCAGAUGACUGCUGAUGGUAGCCGCUUCCGGAAUGGUGGUGGUAUAUUGUGGAAUAUCAUUAAAGCUCGAGAACCAAAAGCCUACAAAGAGAUAAUGAAGAAAGCAAAGGACUUUGAGAGGCAAUUCAGACGGCCAAUUGCUGAGAGACCAUUCGAGCAAAAGAAAGUGGAUGCUCCACAACAGGUGACAUUUUCAUUUGCUAAAGGAACGGACGACAAUGUUUCAGACAGCACUUUUGUUGCAUCCCCUGAGCAAACUCAAAAUGAAGCAUCUGCUCCUGAAGGGAAACGCAACUCUCUGCAUGAUAGAUUGAGGAUACCUGUUUCGUAUGAUGAUGACCUGCUCGCAGAGAGUGCAAAUGAUAAUAAUGCAGCUUGAUUGUGGAACCAAACAGCCAUUCAUCCAUUAAUAUUUUCCCAGAGAUGGAGGCCCACCAAUGCAUUUUUCACAUUUUAUUUCAUUCACUGAAAGGGCUAGAGUAUUUUUUUUUUUUUGGAAGGAUGUUGCUGUUCCUUUUUUGUUUUUUUUCUUUCGGUAAGAAUAGAGGUGCCUAUUUGCUUUUCGGAAAUCAAAUUACAAAAGCUUCUUUGUGAACAUGGAUGGGGCAUAUAUCUAUUUUCUUUUCAAUAGUGGAUUUUCGUUUGGUUGGAAUA